ACUACCGUUCAGUUAACAUAUUGUAAGAAUCGCUCAACACUAUUAUUUCAAAAGGUGAAGUUUAGAGUUGCCAUUCCAAUCUUUAACUAAGUGAAUUCUGAAAUUGAAUCCUUUUGUGUUUGAAUUGUGGUGUGACUUGAAAUAUUUAUGGUAGUUUUUAUGGUUUUUUCAAUCAAAUCUAUUAAUACGUAAAAACAAAAUACCCACGAAAGGUGGUUACUGCAAGUGUCUUAUGAUAACGCGUAAGCGACGCGUUCUCCACGGCGCUUACGACGUUCUUCUCGCGGUUUCGCUGAGUUUGUGAUAUACUUUGCAACCUGGUACUGAUUUAUUGUUAAGGCUCCAAAAUAACACGAAAUUCUUUGAAAUUGUUAAUACGCCGAUUAAUUGAUAAUAACCUUGAAGCAAUAACACCGAUACUUUUUUUUUUUUUUUUUUUUUACUAAAUUUAUUGAAUAACACUUUUUACAUUAUGCCCUUGGUUUCGAAUAUAUGGGGUUGCUGUAGUGGUGAAUCGUCAAAUAAAGAUGAAAAAUUUAUCAAUUGUAAUGGAUGUAAAAGGUCAUACCAUUUUCUUUGUUUGUCAAUUGAUGAAAUCGGAAAGGAUUCGAGGAUUUUUCGAAUAUGGAAGUGCCCGGGAUGUUUGAACCAGACUCCGAAAUCCUUGAGAAGCGAUUCGACUCCCGUGUGUAAUUCGUCCACGCCUCGAGUAAGUAAAAGACCUGCACUGAACUCACCAUCUCCUAUUGGAAUGUCCGCCACUAAAGAGGAUAUGCGUUCUAUUAUACAAGAAGUUAUAAAGGAGGAAUUCAGUGCUAUGAUAGAACGCAUCAAUACUUCUAUGAUAAACACCAUCAUCGAACAUAUGGAACCUAUAAAAAGGGAAAUAAGCGACAUUGUCCACUCUAUAGAUCUAAUUAAUAAAAGAUUUGAAGAAAUUGAGUGUGAACAAUCGACUUUAAAUAGAAUCGUAAAAGAUGUGCAAGAAGAAAAUACCAUAUUAAGAAGUACAGUCUCAGAUUUGAACCAGCGUUUUAAUUUGAUAGAGCAGCAGUCUCGUGCUAAUAAUUUGGAGAUACAGUGCAUGCCUGAAAACAAACAUGAAAAUAUCUACACAAUUGUUAAACAGCUGGGUGAGGUAGUUGGAUGUGAAGUAAACGAGACUGACAUUGUGCAUUGCUCUCGAAUCGCCAAAAUUAAAUCCGCUAGUGAUAGACCUAGGUCAAUUGUAAUCCAGCUUGCUUCUCCAAGAAUUCGCGACCGGUUGUUGGCAGCUGUUAUCAAAUUUAAUAAAUCCAACCCUCAGAACAGGUUAAAUAGUACACAUUUCGGAUUUAAGACCAAAAAAUCGCCGAUUUAUAUUGUAGAGCAUUUGUCUCCAUCCAACAAGGCACUACAUGCAGCUACGCGACAUAAAGCGAAAGAAAAGGGAUAUAAAUAUGUUUGGGUUAGAGGUGGCAGAAUAUUCGUACGGAAAAACGAGGAAGCUGGUUAUGUUUUUAUAAGAAAUUUGGAUACACUUGAAAUACUUUAAUUUUCUUGUUUAUAUAUCUAUUUAUAACAUUUACUUAUUACUGCAUGUUUAGUUAUGUCUACCAAAUUUAACAAUUUACAUAUAUACUACCAAAACUGCCGUGGCUUGAGAACGAAAACUCAUAUUUUCUCGAGCAACGUUAGUGGUAAUGAUUACGAUAUAGUAAUUCUUUCAGAAACAUGGCUUAAUGAUACUGUAUUGAGCGGAGAGCUAUUCGAUGACAGAUACGUAGUGUAUCGAAGGGACAGGGAAAGUUCGAUGUAUCGGGGUAAGGAGGGUGGCGGUGUUCUAAUUGCUAUAAAGAAACCCAUUAAAUCAAAACGCAUUAGUACUUGGGAAAGUUGUCUUGAAGAUCUCUGGGUAACUAUUGAUAUACCUGCUACGUGUCGUUUUCGUCGAAUGGUUUUCUGUGCUGUAUACCUUCCUCCUCCAGUCAGCAGGUCUGCUAUGGAGUUAUUUGUUAAUAAUUGUAAUGCUACUUUUGAACAGAUUACUAAUUCAGAAAUAUGUGUCGUGGGAGACUUUAAUAUGGGUAACAUUGACUGGAGGACCGUUUUC